ACACACCUCGAAACUAUGGCUUGCUGGACUAUUAAUGUCACCUGAAUUAGAAUGCUUAUUAUGCGUGUUUCCAGUAUUUACUUGAGUUAUGUUUUCCCGUUAAACCCUUACGGUGUUUAUUGCUGAAAGCAGCUUUUGCGCUUGCUCCGGAGCUGAACCAAUGCGCUUUGCUGUGGAGAAUGUAUACGCCUUUAGCAGCAUAGAUGCAGAAUAAAGAAGAAAAGUGCAGGACUUGGCAUGCAUGUCGUACUGAUGCAAAGUCAGAGGGUAACACAUGAUUCGUCGCGAGGUUGAGCGAAACGUCUGGCGAGGACAAAAACCGCCGCCUGCGUAUCCAGGCAGUAGCAGGCAGGCUCCAGCACAAGAGCUGGCAGACAGUCCUGCUCGCAGGGUGUUGCCAUCACCGAAUGGCACGAGCGAACGGUUGGAGUUGAUUCAAAUAAAGUCUGGUGUCGCGCUGCCACAGGAUGGCCGAGUUAGUGUGCCUAAGAGUGCGAGCAGCAGCAGUGGUUACCACCAGCAGGCGCUCGCGCAGAUUAAAAGUAGCCUGUUGCCAUACGAAAAUGGACCCAUACCGCUCACUACCCACAAGGUACACGACAGCUGUGCAUUCUCUAACUCGGAGCUUCCUGCUACUCAACACCAGCACUACAGCCAUGGGUUUGAGCAGGACCACCCAGGCAAGGGAAUCAGAAGAGUGGAAGGAGACUUUGAAUUUGUGAAUCGCUAUGAAAACACCGAUCCACCUAAUGGCGUCCUGCGAAGAACGCCAGGUGUGACCGCGAAGGUAUUGCGCAACCCGAGCUUUGAGGGGCGGCGUGAUCUGGUGGUGAACGUGCAGAGAGCAAGCCCACAGCUGGAGACAGCGAGUAGCUCACGCUCCGACAGCCCCAGCGUGACCAUCAGCUGCACUCCUUCGUCGAGCACCAGCGACCGGUCUCUGCUCUACGUGCAAGUGCCGGCGAGCGAGCCGGGUACUCGCUCGCACAUCACCGGCAGUCAGCCCAGUGUCGUGCACACCAGCAGGCAGCACUUGCAAAAUGCGAACGGACACCACACGCCGCCGCCGGCGGCGCAGUGCGUGGCGGCCGCUUCCCGGGACUCGCCGUCGCCGCAGCUGGAUCUGCGUGCACAGGUGGCGCUGCCCCAGGUGGGCAGGCGCAUCUCGCCCGUGCCGGCCGGCGGCAUCUACGGCUACGCUGGCUCGUCGUCGUCGCAGUGUUCUACUCCACAGCGUGGCGUGAGCCCUGUGCCGCCUAACAGAAACAUUGUGAUAAAUGCAGGGCAUAGCGUCUCUCUGCAGCUGUGCGGCGAGUCGACGCUCUGUACAGUGCAGAUGGGUCAGAAGCAGAGUGUGAUAAAUAAGCGUACAACGCCCCCUCCGGCUUAUUUAGCAAACAUGCAUAUUGACACACCAUCGUAUGCGCGGCGGCCGUGCCAGAUAGCGUCAUUCAACGUGUCUACAAACAGCUCGUCUGGUGCAGCAUCUACCUCAUCACUGACAAGCCAGCACUGUCAGCACUCAGACACGCCGAGCAUCUUGCAGAGAAUGGCAGUGCUUAGUGAGACGAGUGCUGGCAAGCAGGCUGUGUCCUCCUUAGCCCCAGGUAGUCGACAUGCGGUGGCUCCUGCGGCAGUGGGACCUGCACCAGCCCAAGCGUGGACCGCGAGGCAAGCUAAAGCUCCGAUUAUGCAGUCCAAGAGCACCCAUGUACCGAAGCCGGCACUGCAGACUGCUGUCGUCCCAGUGAAUCCAAAUUCUGUGCCAACCACCAACCCACCAAGUUACCCUUCUAAUCAUGCCAAUGUCAAGAGGACCGAUCCUCCUGCAUAUCCCGUGCGUGUAAGUGCUCCACCUAGUUACAGUCAGCCGACGUCAACGCCGGGCUUUGUGUACCCACAGAGCAACGUGUGCGUACCGGCCACGGACCCGCCGAGCUACGACGAAAGCGUGGCGAAUCAGAACAGGCUAGCUUACAAUGCCGUUGUGCCAAUCACGGAACCACCCUGCUACACGACUAUGGUGCAGGCGCACAUCAUGUCACCACUCACGAACGAAUUGCAGAGCGUGAGCAUCGGACAGGCCGCCGCCUACGCGGCCGGCAACUGUCCGCCGAGCGUUUGCUCGACGCGUAGCUCCAACUCUGACCACACGAACGCGAUAACGGUGUCGACGGACUUCCUAUCGGAUUCGCCGUACUCGGCCAGCCACUCGCCACUGUCCACGACGUCGUCGCCGUCUACGAACUCCGACUACGCCGACAUACGCAAUCCUCCUCCCCCGUAUCCCCACAGGCAUAGCUCGCCCGUGCCCGAGAGGCGUAAAAAGAAGCCAAGCAUUGACGAUAAUGAGAGUGCGGAGGCGGAGGAGGCGGAGGAGGAGGAGCAGAGCAGAGAGUCGGUGAUAGUGAAGAACUAUUCACCACAGGCGUACAAGUUCUACAUGGAACAGCAUGUGGAGAACCUAAUGAAGAUUUAUCAGCAGCGUGUUGAACGCAGACGACAGCUAGAGAAGGAGAUGGACAAGGUCGGUUUGUCAGAAGAGGCACAGUGCGAGAUACGUAGAUUGCUUCAACAGAAAGAAUCCAACUACAUGCGACUAAAGCGUGCCAAAAUGGACAAGUCGAUGUUCAAAAAACUCAAGACGCUUGGCAUCGGGGCAUUUGGCGAGGUGGCCCUCGUACGCAAGAUCGACUCCGGACAGCUCUACGCUAUGAAGACACUGCGAAAGUCCGACGUUCUGCGUCGCAACCAGGUGGCUCAUGUGAAGGCAGAGCGAGAUAUACUGGCCGAGGCUGACAACGAGUGGGUGGUGAAGCUUUAUUACUCCUUCCAGAACAAAGAUAACCUUUACUUUGUGAUGGAGUACAUUCCAGGAGGUGACAUGAUGUCUCUGCUCAUCAAAUUCCAGAUCUUCCAGGAGCCACUGGCUAGGUUCUACAUUGCUGAAUUAGUUUGUGCUAUCGAGAGUGUUCAUCGCAUGGGUUUUAUCCAUCGGGAUAUCAAACCUGACAACAUCCUUGUGGAUCGAGAGGGCCACAUUAAACUGACCGAUUUCGGGCUGUGUACUGGCUUUCGCUGGACACACAACUCUAAAUACUACCAGAAAGGAAACCACAACAGACAGGAUUCAAUGGACCCGGAUGAGAACUGGGAAAUCGGGAACAACUGCAAGUGUAUCGGCAGCAGCAGCGGCUUAAAGUCGGAGAAACCCUUGGAGAGACGCCGCAGGCGUCAACACCUACGGUGCCUCGCACACUCGCUUGUCGGAACUCCUAACUACAUUGCACCUGAAGUGCUCCUGCGAAUGGGCUAUACUCAGUUGUGUGACUGGUGGAGUGUAGGAGUGAUUCUGUAUGAGAUGGUUGUAGGCCAGCCGCCCUUCCAUGCAAACACACCUGCGGAAACUCAACAGAAGGUGAUAAACUGGCAGCACUCGUUGCACAUACCCAAAGAGGCGAGCAUAUCGGCGGCUGCCGAGGACAUCAUCUACCGGCUGCUCACAAGUCCCGACGAGCGGAUUGGUCGCGAGGGCGACGGCGACGGGAUCAAAUCGCAUCCUUUCUUCUCGGAGAUCGAUUGGUCGACGGGGCUGCGCCGGCAGGCGGCGCCCUACAUCCCGACAAUCCGACACUCGACGGACACUUCCAACUUUGAUCCCGUCGACCCCGACCGGCUGCGGCACAGCGACUCGAACUCCGGCGACGAGAAGGAGAAGAAGAAGGCGAACAGCGACUGGAACCACGAGAACGGCAAGUAUCCCGAGCACGCGUUCAUCGAGUUCACGUUCCGGCGCUUCUUCGACGAUGGCGGACACCUGCUGUUCCCGAUGUCGGCGACGAUACUCGAGCAGCCCGGCCUCGAGGAGCUGGGCAGUGACUUCGGGGAGAACGGCGCGCAGGGAGGAGAUAGGCAAGACUCGCAGAACCCAGUGUAUGUAUAGGGGAUGUAGUUGUUGUUGGCAGCUGAGGUGUUGCAGCGAAGUCGAAACAGAAUGCAGACGUGUGUGUGUUCUUUUUUGCGCCUGCGUGGCAACGUGGUGGCGAUCGGUCAGCGAGUGACCUAGUGCUUGUGAUAUUUCUUCAGUGUUGGAGUUACACUCAUGAGAGUAGUAAUCAGUAGUGCCAUCUGAUGGCAAGUGUCAUGAAGUAAUGCUAGAUGCAUAACUGCGCUAUUUUCUUCUGUUUGUGAGCGAGAGACGAAGGUAACUAUCAGAAAUGACUUGAUUGAACUUUAUUCUACUUUUAUAGUAGGUGGCAAAGCAGAGUAUUUGCAUUUAAUUAUGCCAUGCUUUUGUAUUUAUGCAAUUAGGAUGCACUGCCGGUUGUCAUAUAUAGCCGACUAUCGUCUGACCAACAAUGAUUGAUAAUCUGAAUUUAUUUAUUAUUUUUUUGAAAAGCUUUAAAAACUUGUACAAAAUUCAAAAAAAAAGUUAACUAUAUUUUGUAAUAAUGAAAUGAAUCCCGUCGAGGUUGCGUUUAUUUUUUACUAUCUCCUGCGAGUUGAGCCAGUUGUAAGGGUAAUAUUGCAGGUUAAUUUGAAUAUGCAAAUUGUAGGGCAGCUUAAUUAAUAGUAGUGCUGUAUAGAAUUUUCUUAACAUCGUUUUGAUUGUCACCUCUAAGCAGUCUUGGAAAUAAGUAUGAGAACCCAGCCAGUCCCGAUUUCGUAAAUUUAAAUUUCAACUAUAACCUACAGUAAAAUCCAUAAAAAUUAGUCAGUCAAUCAAAUAUAAGAGGACAGGCUACUAUUUCCAACAUUGCACUUGAGUUUUUAUCACUUUGUGCCUUCUACUAGGUGUGAGUGUAUAGCAUAGUAGCAUUUUCAUGGUUACUGUUUUGUGCUAAAACUAUCUAGUAGGUAUGAAAAUUGUAUCCACUAUUUUUUGCCCUGGGUGCAUUUCGUCCUGCGAGCGUUUCCAGGUAUAUACACGUUUGGUCAAGUGCAGUCCUGAUUUGCUCUAAGUGACAACUUUUGUAUUGGAUGCCUGGAACAACUAUAAUCUGAUAUAUAGUGUAAGCUACGCUGUAUUACUAUUUCCUUUUGUUCAGCUAGGUAUAAUACUGUAAGAAAUUGACCUAGUCGAAAGAGCACCGAACACCCUUUCGCAGGUGCACACUGCGCAUUUUGUAUAUCCGACCCCCUCCUAUGACUUGCUUGUAUAUUGUUGAAUAAUGUGUGUAUUUUAAUUGUGAGCAAUCGCUUGCAUUCAUGUACGCCUGUAGCGUAAGAGGAAAAGUGUAAAACGAAAGUAAGCAGUGGGUAUAAAUUGUUUGACACACCUUAGGUAGUAGACACGACGCGAUAAAAGUGUCGUCUCAAAUUUCUUUUGUAACCGAUUUAAAUGGGAAACCUAUGUAAAAUACAAUCAUUGAAAGGCAAGCGGGCAAAGAUGGUGAGGUAGAUUGUUCAUUAUGUAGUAUUUAUUUAACAUUCGAUUGUAAAGCCAUGACAGUCCUACCCAUUCUAAGAGAUCGUCCACAUUUGUGCCUUAGAGAUGUGAAUGUUUGUACCA